CCUUUCUCAGCCCACAAACAACAGCGGCAGCAAAAAAACGAGAGAGAAAAAAAAAAAAAAAAUCAUUUUUUCUCUUCCCCCCGUAAUUUGCUUCCUCCAUUAAAACACAAACCAAAAUGGCGAAAGGCGGCAAGCUGACAAAGCUCAGAUCAGUCCUGAAAAAGCUUAACUCAUUCAAUAACAAGCAAAGCCGUCCCAGUGGAAGCUCCAUAGCCGCUGCUGCUGAUUUCUCAUCUUCCUCCUCCCCCGCUUCUGAUUCCUACUCCGGCAACCUCCAUCCUGUCUAUGUAGGUAAGUCUCGCCGACGGUAUCUCAUCAGCUCCGACGUCAUUGACAAUCCGCUCUUUCGCGAACUCGCAGAGAGGUCGAGCGAGUCGGAUACUAUUAGCAUUGCAUGUGAAGUGGUUUUGUUUGAGCACUUGCUAUGGAUGUUAGGGAAUGCCGAUCCACAACCAGAGUCUCUAGACGAGCUUGUUGAGUUCUACGCUUGCUGAUGAUGAAUUGAUGAGCACCUUAUAAAAAAAAUUGAAUAACUUCGAGCUCGAUCUUUAUUCUACAUUAAUAUGAGUUAUUUGGUAUAUAAUCUAUAUAUAUAUAUAAAUAGAAAGAGCAGAAAGUUGUAAAUUGAUUUAAUAAUGGUGAUUAGCGGUGUAGAAAGAAAGAACGAAAGAAAUUUUAUGGAAUUUUAAUUAUUUUGAAGAGUGAAAAUUAACAAAUAUUUCACACCAGCUAAUCUUUGAGCUCGGUGAGGAUACCUGCAUUUCUAUCUGUACUUGAAUUUUAUUUUUCUUUAAAUGUAUAAUGCGUUUAUUAUAUUUGUCUCUUUUAA